GGUUGUCUAUUUCAAAUCAGUUCUCAUUCAUUUUCAGACCAACUUAAGAAAAAUUAAAAAAUGGCGACAGAUGUUCUCAGCUUCAGGGACGAUAGUAGUCAGGAGGAUUGGCAUGACUUUGAGGUUCUAGGCCGUGGGGACGAGCCAAAGAUUCUGAUCAAGAAGACAAGUAUGCACUCCGACUCCGAGAGACGAAUCUCUGUUGAUCCUAAAUCUCUAUUGUCAAGGAACGGGAGCUUGGACAUGAUAUCCUCAAGGCCUAAAGACAUCGACGACGUGGCAUUGUCUCAGCCGUUGGACUAUCAAGAUAAGACUAAGUUCAUGAGUUGCAGCCUCCCAAACUCAGUAGCCAUGUCACCUAGACAUAGCACUAGUCAUAACUGGAAGGACAGGACCACGGAACAAGUUCUUGACCUAAUGCUCGUCCAAGAUGCAGCCGCUGCGUUUCGAAGAAGCAAAUCUUGCGGUGAAGGAUGUGCUUGCCAGCCACCGCUCGAUGUCGACAUGAUGGUGCACAAAUCAAGAAAUGGACAUCAUCAUCACCAUGACUUCUCUUCAUCCAACGCCAAGACUCUCUCUCAGAAGAGUAGCGGAAACAACUCUUUCUUCUCAAAAACAGAUUCUAACAAAAGCAAUAUCAAUACCGCUAACGCGAAAAGCAUCAACACGUUGGAAGACAGGUUCAAAUGCAGCGCUUUGUGUCUCUACCUACCAGGUUUUAGCAAAGGUAAACCCAUCAGAUCAUCUCGUAAAGGUGACUCCUCGUACACUAGAACCACCACAAUGACUUCUACUCAAUCAAUGGCAAGAACCGUUUCCAUUAGAGACACUACGGUGCUGUCCGCUCGAGCCUCACUAGAGCGGUUCGAGUGCGGUUCAUGGACGUCUUCGGCUAUGAUUUACGAGGACAGUGCUGAUCUCGGUGGACAUUUUUUUGACUUGCCUUCUGAACUAAUUAAAGGUGGUCCAGGCGGCAAUGAUCAAGAUGAUCCUGUUUCUGCGGCUUUCUUGUUCGACAAGGGACCUAAUUUAGAGAAAGAGAUCAAAGGGGUUUUGAAGACUUCUGGUUCGAAAUCAAGAAGAUCUAUGGAGUCGCCACGACACGUUAGGUUCUCGACCUCGUCGCCGGUUUCUUAUCCGACGUCUCCGACACAUGCAAUCACGCCACGGUUGCUACAAGCCACCGGGGGUUUUAGUGGUUUCAUGGAAGCUCAAACCGUAUGAAUAAUAAAUGGAGAAUUUUUAACAAUUUAUUUAUUUAUGUUAAUAAACCACUGAAGUUAAUCAAAUUAUUAACAUUUCGAGUUAAUUUUAUACGUUUUGUAUUGUAAAGAAACGAAUAAACCCGGAAAAGUGAAAAGAUUUGUUAGUAUUUUAUUUAUGAUCAAAGAUUGCCUGGGCUUCCAAACACCAAAAAUAUCUAUACUACUAGGUAUUUUGCCCGCGAUGCGGGCUUAAACAUUUUCAUAAUUUUUAAAAGUUCUUUGUACACUAUAUUCAUUAUACUAAAAUAAAUCUUAAAAUAAAUUAAUAUUAAAUUUUUAAUUAUGUAAUUAAAAAUUAUUUGAUUAAUAUGUAAUUAUGUAAUUUAUGUUUUUAACUUUUUACUAAAAUACUUUUUCAGAUAACAAUACAAUAUAUAUAU